UGCGAUUUAAACGUCAGCGCCAGUAAAAUAGGAAACGCAGUUGGAGUCAGAAAUAUAUUGCAAUUUUGUUACAUUUGUAUAUGAUACAAGCAGAGUUUGCUUAUUGUUGAACCAUGUUGACGUUGGAUUUUUCUGGUAUCUAUUAUUUUGUUUUGCCUCCUCCCUCCUCCGCCAUGAUGUUUUCUAAGUGAACAGCGGAGCUAACUAACUAGCUAGUGUAGCCUUCAGGCUGCGGACUGUUGUGGAAGGGAGGUGCAUUCGGCUGCAAUGGAUGGAUGCUUUUGCCCCGCUACGUUUUACCGAUUUGUCUUAGUUUAAACAGAAUGCGACGACAACAUUUACGCAUUGAUGAGCUCCGCGCUGUUGCGGAGGGCUGCUAAUUUGCCGCACGGCGUUAAAUAAAUGAUCUAGGAGCAGCGCUUUUUCGUUAUACUUUGAAGAUUAACGCUAGCUAAGGCUGUUCAAGUCGCUACCCAGCUAGCACCUCCUUGCUGUCUACCCUCGCAUUCCUGUGUCUCCAGCCCCAGGAAUGUUCUCUAAAAAGCCUCAUGGGGACGUUAAAAAAUCAACACAGAAAGUGUUGGACCCAAAGAAGGACGUGUUGACGAGGCUGAAGCAUCUCAGAAUAGUCAUAGAAAACGCGGAGCCGUCGGAGCUGAAACAGUUCUUCGACGUGAACUACUCCCAUAUCUACUAUGUCUUCUUUGAGAACUUUGUCACCAUUGAGGUCAGCCUCAAGCAAAAAGGUCACAAGUCUCAGAGGGAGGAGCUGGACUCUAUUCUCUUCAUCUUCGAGAAAAUCCUCCAGCUCCUGCCAGAGAGAAUCCAGAACCGAUGGCAGUUCCACAGCAUCGGGCUGAUUCUCAAAAAGCUGCUGCACACUGGGAAUUCUCUGAAGAUCCGUCGGGAAGGCGUGCGCCUGUUCCUGCUGUGGAUGCAGGCGCUGCAGAGCAAUGCGCAGUGCGAGCAGCUCUGCAUGUUCGCCUGUUUGAUUCCUGGCUUCCCGGCUCCGCUCUCCCACGGGACCCCACGCACCCUGGACACUCUGAUCAACCCUCCGCUGAGUUUAACAGAGACUCAGGUUACCCCAGAAGAGAUCACUCCAUUGGUUCCUCCCCAGUCAGGUGACAAAAACCAGGAAGACCUCACCGCUUACUUUUUAGAAGCGCUGCUCAAAUACAUGGUAAACCAGGCCAAGUCUCUCGAGUGGCGUUGUAAAGAGAACCACGAACGUGGCUUCAGCUUCCUCUUCGCUCACUUCCGGAAGUUUUACCUUCCUCACAUCUUUCCCAACUUCGCCAUGGAGACCAGCCUCUACAGCCCAAUACUGGACGUGCCCCCGCUGCGUCCCAAGCCCUACUACAGCGUGGUGCGCAGGGAGCAAGACGGCGGUGAAACCGUGUACUGCACCAAGGAGAGCUUCCUUCAGGCCCGAGUCAUCUUCAUCCGCUGGCUGGUUUCCUUCUGGCUGGAGCCACGGCCCAACACGCACGCACACAUCCCAGGAACAGAGGGGGAGAACGUCCCCAAGAACAUACAGCGAGCAGCAGCCGGACUGGCAGCUCGCUCCGCGGGCAGCUCAGACGACAGCGGUGGCGGUGGGAUCCGCUCUGACAGCCACCUCGAAGGCAGCGGCGGCUCAUCCGGAUCAGGCGGAGGCAGCUUGGGGCUGUCGGGGGGUUCAGGGGCCGGGGGGGAGCCCGAGCAAAGCCACUCCAACACGUCCACGCUGACCGAGAGGGAGCCCAGCUCCUCCUCACUCUGCUCCAUGGAUGAAGAGCAGCUCACGGACAUGGAGGUGGUGAGGAAAGUGCUGACCAGCUCCAGAACCAACGUCAACUUCAUCACUGAGAUCUUUAGACAGGCAUUUCUCCUUCCCAUGUGCGAGGCUGCGGCGCUGCGUAAAGUGGUGCGUGUUUACCAGGAGUGGAUCUCCAUGGAGGACAGGCCAGUGUUCAUGAAGGAGCCAGAGGAGGGCCCCUAUCCCACCACCAGCAGCCUGGAUUCAGGCUCGCAGCUCGGGGACAAGGACGAUGAGGCAGUUGACAGUGAACUGCUGGAGUACAGCGUUCAUGCCGGAGUUCAGACGACACUACAGCUAUUUAUCACCCACUCCUCCAACGUUUUCCUGCUGGAGCCAGCCAACGACAUCAAGAUCCUUUUGGAGGAGCACGUCGACAUGUGCAAGCGAGUCCUGAACAUCUACCGCAGCCUCGUCAUGCAUGAGACCAUGGACCAGAAAACAUGGGAACAGGUCUUACUGGUUCUGCUGAGGGUGACGGAGUCAGUGAUGAAAAGACCUCCAUCCAUCAUGCCGCAGGGCAAGAAGAUCAACACGCUGUCAGGCAGGCUGGCUGCAGCCAUCUUUCAGACGCUGAUAGUGGCCUGGAUCAAGGGGAACUUAAACGUCUACAUCAGCAGAGAGCUGUGGGACGACCUCCUCGCCGUCCUCUCCUCUCUCACCUGCUGGGAUGAACUGGUCACCGAGUGGUCACUCACCAUGGAGACCCUCACCAAGGUGUUGGCCAGGAACCUGUACAGUGUUGAUCUGAACGAGCUGCCUCUGGACAAACUCAGUGAACAAAAACAGAAGAAGCACAAAGGAAAAGGUAUCGGCUCGGAGGGCCAGAGGCAGAUUGUGGAUCGCUCCUUCUCUAAAGGCUGGAGCAGAGACCAGCCGGGCCAAGUGGCAGCCAUGAGGCAGCGAAGCGCCACCACCGCCGGCUCCCCGGGCAUCGAAAAGGCCAGAAGUAUCGUCCGCCAGAAGACUGUAGCCCUGCGUAGCUGCUCUACGGGGGACUCUCUGCUGUCCUCAGCCUUUAUCCGCAGCGCUAAGAGUGCUCCUGCUCUGGCGCCGCCUCUUCCUGUCCUCCUCCACCACCAUCACCCUUUCCUACCCCCCCUUGCCGACCAGCUGGCAGACCUCGAGGACCCGCCCAUCACACUGACAUCCCGCACCUCUCGGAUGCGCCACUCCUCGCAGAGCGACGAGGCCCCUCCCACCUCUUGCUCUGACGUCUUCCAGGGAGGGGCUUGCGACCUGGACGGCCCCGCCCCUUCCUCCCUUGCAAGGAGCAGCAGCGCCUCUGACGUCAUGGAGCCCUUCAUCGCUGAGCGGGUCAAAGGUGAAGACCCGUGGGGGGAUCCCGCUGCGAUCCCCAACCCCACCCACCACCACUCAACAACUCCCUCCUCACACGCAGCCGACAGCCACGCAGCUCAGCCACUCCCACACACCCUCACCUCCCCCUCUCCCACCCCUUUAACCUUCUCCAACGGUGUCGUUUCCUCGUCCUCAGAGGGACAAGAUGAUGGUAGUGUUUACGACCAGAUUGGCUCUCGGAACCGGGGCUCUAGUUCGGAUUGGGUAAGCGACUGGGAUUCCGCCUUCACCUUUUCGUCCGAAAAGGAAAUUGAUGUAGAAGAGGGCGAAAUGGGGGCUGGGGCAGAGGACGAUUUAUUCUCCUCUAUCAGGGACUACCUCACUAACAAAGGAGGUGAGAGGAAGGAGGAGGCAGGAGAGAGAGAUAGUCCCGGUCGCGUGCCAGAAAGCAGUGUUGUAACUUUACCCGUGCAAACGGGGAUCGCGAGAACACAGAUGGAAUACCCAGGGCAGGUAGGAGAGGCAAGACAGGUGGUGAGAGAGGACAGGCAGGUAAGUGAAUCAGUGAGACACAGCAGUGUGGAUUCAACGGAGGAGAACGAGGCAGAGCAGCGCAGCAUCUACGAGUGCCUGGAGCUGCAGUGUCAGUGGCCGUCGCCGAGUGCUCGGGGGGGCGCUACCUUAGAAAGACACACUGGGGAGAAAAAGGGAGGAGCAAAGGCGGAGGGAUUGGAAGGGAAAUGUGAUGCGUGGAGGGAAACAGGAGAAGAGAAGCAGGGUGGUAAAGAGGCCACAGUAAAUGAGAGGUCCAUUUUAAUUAGACCAGACACUAACACAGUAGAAUGUAGCACUGAAUCAAAUCAAACUCUAGACCCAGUUAAAGCCAAGACGUCCCGUAGUAGCACCAAGAGGCACCAGUCCGGGGGCGUUCAUGUGAGCUUCCGGCCCUCGACUGAGUCCGUGCAGUUCCACAACCCCCUCGAGAGUAAGGAGGCCCACUGGAAAGCCCGGCUGCGCCGCCUCAGUCACUUCCACACACACAGCCACUCAGCCGGGGAGAGGCCGGGGGCUGGAGCAGGAACAGGAGGCGCAGGUAAGUUUGGCCCCGCGGCCGGGAUCAUCAACAGAGCAGGGCCACAUGAGAAACUAGGAGCCGUUUCGGAUAGCAGUGGGGCAGGAAACGCAGCGACCGCCGGAGGCCCGGAAAGCAGGGCCGGGACCGGAGGCGACAAGGACAAACAGCAUCCCGGGUCCUGUGUGGGACCCAACCUGGGCUCCGAGGCUCACACGGAGGCGUCGUCGGGCAGCUCAAGUUCCUCCGGGGCGUCGUCAGGUGUGCGCGGCCGCCUGGGACGCUCCGCCUUGCGAUCACGAGCCUCCCGCUCCCGGUCCCAGGAGCCCGGCAGCACCGCCUCGCGGCACCACCAGGGGGCCCUCCUCGGCGGCGUCUACAAGACCGUUGUUCACGCACUGUCUUCGAAGCCGCGGCCCCGAGGUCAGGGGUCAUCCCAAGGCUCGUCGCCACAGCGACAGGGUCGUGCCGCCAUGGGCGAUGCCUCGCUCAGAGACCUCUACUCCCAUGUCCUGGGCUACUUUGGGCGAAAGACGACAGCGCCAGCCAACAAAGAGGAGGUGAUCCAGAAGGCCCGUCCGGUCUCCAGUGACGUAGGAAGCACCAACCCGAACUUCUCUGACCUCAUGGAUGAGUUUAUUCAGGAGAGACUGAGGGCCAAAGGAACAGCGGGCCGUCGUGGCAGCAGCCCUGGCAGUCUGGAGGUUCCCAGGGACCUGCCAGAGCUCCUGGAGGCGGGACAGAGUCCCGGAUCGCGGCCCUCGGAUGACCCCCGUCCCAUUGAUGAUCCGGGGGUUCCCUCUGAAUGGACCUCACCUGCGAGCGCCAGCGGUUCAGACAUCAUCAGCUCAGACAGCCAGUCGGACUCCUUCAAUGCCUUUCAGUACUCCACUUGCAAGUUUGAGAACUUUACUUUCAGUUCAGAAGCUUGUGGAGGAGGUGUUGGAUCUGGGGGCGGAGGUCGAGGCAGCUCACUGGACCAGGACAGCCUGGGAGGGGGCGUGGCCUGUGACGAACAUGAAGUAGCCAGUUUGACGACACUUCACAUCGACUCGGAGACCAGCAGCCUCAGCCACACAGUCACUGUUACCGGUUCUGAGAGUGCGUCUCCCAUGCACUCCCUUGGGGGCUCUCGCUCCCAGACGCCCUCCCCCGCCACACUGACCGCAGAGCACCCGGAUCACACACACUCCCACUCACACCUACAGCAGGACCACAAGCUCCACAACUCUGUGCUGCAGACUCCAGAUGACCUGGAAACCAGCGAGUUCCCCAGCGAGGACUGCAGCGUCAUGGCGGGUGGCUCUCUAACUGGAUGGCACGCUGAUGUUGCCACGGUAAUGUGGCGGAGGAUGCUGGGCAUCCUGGGGGACGUCAAUAGCAUCAAAGACCCCGAGAUCCAUGCGCAGGUCUUUGACUAUCUGUGCGAACUGUGGCAAAACCUGGCCAAGAUAAGAGAUAAUUUGGGCAUUUCUCUGGACAACCAGUCGUCUCCCCCGCCCCCUGUUCUGAUCCCACCUCUGAGAAUCCUCACCCCGUGGCUCUUUAAGGCCACCAUGCUGACGGAGCGUUACAAACAGGGGAAGCUUCACGCCUACAAGCUGAUCUGCAGGAUCAUGAAGAGACGGCAAGAUGUCUCCCCAAACUCUGACUUUCUCACGCACUUCUACAACAUCAUGCACCAAGGACUGCUGCACCAAGACCAGGACAUUGUGAACACCAUCAUAAAACACUGCAGUCCCAGGUUCUUCAGUAUCGGUCUCCCCGGGGCCACCAUGCUGAUCCUGGACUUCAUCAUAGCGGCUUCGAGAGUCACCGCUUGCUCAUCACUCAACGCUCCAAGAGUGGAGGCCCAGAUCCUGCUGGGAUCUCUGGUGUGCUUUCCCAACUUGUAUGAGGAGCUUCCGGCCCUCCAUCCCACCACAGCCGAUGUGGUGCUCACCAAGUUCCCUGACGUCAAGGAGCAUAUUAUCAAAACCAUCCUGAGCUCUGCCAGGGACGAACCCUCUGCUCCUGCGAGGUGCGUGGCUCUGUGCAGUCUGGGUAUCUGGAUGUGUGAGGAGUUGGCUGACGGGACUCAACAUCCGCAGAUCAAAGAGGCUCUCAACGUCAUCUGUGUUACUCUGAAGUACCCCAAUAAGAAUGUAGCACUGGUGGCGUCGGACAUCCUUCACCUCCUGAUCAGUCAUGUGGAUCAUCUUCAGAAAUUCCCCCCCGACACUCCGAAGAAGAUCGUAGAGAUUUUGAUCGCCACCAUCACACACUUGCUGCCUAAUACCGAGUCUUCCCCUCAUGAACUGGAUAAGAGGCUGGUGGUGUCCCUGCUGUUGUGUCUGUUGGACUGGGUGAUGGCUCUGCCUCCAAAGACUCUUCUUCAACCCGUUCAAACACGAAGCCCUCCAGAGAAAGAUCAGCCGACCAAGACUCUGCUCAGCUGUAUUUAUAAGGUAUUACAUGGUUGUGUGUACGGAGCCCAGUCUUUCAACAGUCCCAAGUAUUACCCGCUGCAGCUGUCGGACCUGCUGAGUCCUGACUACGACCCGUUCCUGCCGCUGGAGAGCCUCCGAGAGCCAGAACCGCUGCACAGCCCGGACUCCGAGCGCUCCAGCAAACUGCAGCCUGUCACUGAAGUCCGUAGCCGCAUCCAGCAGGGCCUGGUUUCCAUCGCAGCCAGAACAGUUAUCACACACUUGGUCAACCAUCUCGGACACUAUCCGAUGUCCGGAGGGCCUGCUACUCUGUCUAGUCAGGUGUGUGAAAACCAAGACAACCCCUUCUGUGAGAGUGCAGAUCUUGGACCGGAGCUUUUCCAUUCACCAAACCUACAGUUUCUGGUCCUGAACGGCUCCACACUGCUCUCCGUGUAUCAGAUCCGAUCAGAGUCUGGUGUACCAGGAGGUGGAAUGACAGCCGGUUUGUCCUCUGCUCCCGCUUGCGUUCGCGUCAUCAUCCGAGAUGUCGCCGGAAAACACUCCUGGGACUCUGCCGUUCUCUACGGUCCUCCGCCGUGUUCCCCAAACAGCCCGACGAACACAUUCAUGUCUCGCACACAGUCGCCUCACGGCGCGAGUCUUCACUUACGCACCUUGCCAGCAGAUCUACUGAAAACGAUGGACGGAGUGAAGAGGGCAGACAGCGAAGAGGAGGGGCGGGAGGAGAGCGAGGCGGGGAGAGGGACGGAGGGCGAAAUGCAAGGGUUUCAGGCAGAGGGGGAGGAGGAAGAAGAGGAGGAGAGGACAGUCACAGAGGAGGGGAUGGGAGAAGAGGAGGAGCGGGGGGAGGAGAGUAUCGAGCAUAGGAUGGAUGGGGAGAAGGAUCGAGGGGAGUCAGGCUUGGAGCCUCUUCUGGCUCCGCCAUUGGCUAAACGCGUGUGUCGGGAGGCGGUGCCGUCGUGGGAUUCACUAAGGGAGGAAGACGACUCGCUGGAUGAAAUGCUGCAGUACCUGGGGUACUCGAGUCCUGAGUGUCUGCAGAGAGCAGGUAUGCCACUCAACAUCCCGGCCCCUCCUCCGGCCUGCGUGUCAGAAAAGCAGGAGAGCGACGUGAUCAAUGCCAUCCUGAAGCAGAGCGCUGCCGAAAGAGAGUUUGUUUUUCAUAGAGGUGAGGACCUGAACAUGAAGGCAGUGCAGCAGACUGAACCAGAGACCGAGACACCUCAGUCAGCCUUCUACUACUGCAGACUACUGAUCAACAUACUGGGGCUCAACUCCUGGGAGAAGAGGAGUAACUUCCAUUUGUUGAGGAAGAAUGAGAAGUUACUGAGAGAGCUGAAGAACCUGGACUCACGGCAGUGCCGCGAGACUCAUAAGAUAGCAGUAUUUUAUGUGGCGGAGGGCCAAGAGGACAAACACUCCAUACUAACCAACACAACGGGCAGCCAGGCUUACGAAGACUUCGUCUCUGGACUCGGCUGGGAGGUGGACCUCACCACUCACUGUGGCUUCAUGGGAGGUCUCCAGAGGAAUCGCAGCACAGGCCAGACCACGCCUUACUACGCCACCUCCACCACCGAGGUCAUCUACCACGUCUCCACCCGCAUGCCCCACGACCAGGACCACAACCUCACCAAGAAGCUUAGACACCUGGGUAAUGACGAGGUCCACAUUGUUUGGUCGGAACAUUCCAGAGACUACCGGCGAGGGAUCAUCCCCACGGAGUUUGGAGACGUGCUGAUCAUCAUCUACCCGAUGAAGAACCACAUGUACUCCAUUCACAUACUCAAAAAACCAGAGGUGCCAUUCUUCGGCCCACUGUUUGACGGUGCCAUAGUGGACAUGAACAUUUUGCCCACCAUGGUCAGAGCCACAGCCAUCAAUGCCAGUCGAGCCCUCAAAUCCCUCAUUCCCCUCUACCAGAACUUGUAUCCUUUUCAAAGCCCUGCUUAGACUCUGCAAAAACAGGACCAGAAGCCAAAGGUAGGUCACUCGUUUUCUGUUCAUUGCCUUCGCUUCCAUCUCCGUGCCAACGCCUCACGGUCGGCUCUUUAAAAGUGAGUUGUUGGCAGCAGACUCAGCUGAGCUUCUCAAAACUAGUUUGAAUGUAACUUCGCCAUUGUGCUGGCCGCUGAAAUCCUUGCACAUCUGCGCGUGAGCGAGAAUGUCGCUGCUCGCUCAGCUCGAGUGUUAAGAAUAGCAAAUCGAUGUCCAGCGGUGUUUGGCUUUCAGGGUAUAAGUGCUACUGUGAUAGAGCUGUGUUUAGUUGGCUCUGAAGUGCCAUAUAUCAAGUGUGUGUGCAGGAGAGAAAGAGGAACAGACAGACAGACAGACAGGCAGGGGUGCGCAAGUGUGUGUGUGUGUGUGUGUGUGUGCGUGCCGUCCGCCCGCUUGAUCCGAUGCGAUGGUAGUUGUGGUUGGAACAAGCCCCGGCGGUCGAUACUUAUCGAUGACUCUUCUCUCUAACGCUGCUUCUAAAUGAGGGGGGCUUUGCUCUCUGGUCUCGAACGCAGACACGCACACGCACACACACACACACACAGACACAGACACACACACACACACACGUGUCCACGCUUACACACACACUCUUCUGUCUCACAAACACGGACAGUCGAUUACACUCGCACGGACGCGAGCUCCUCGGAGGCACAGCACUGCAAGUCCAUCCACAUACAGACAUGCAGAUGCAUGCAGUGUCGGUUAAGAACACACACACCAUUGUGAGGUGACACUGUCCCCUGUUGAGGCGAGCUGAGCUACCGACUGAUCAUUGGAAUUUCUUCUAAGCAGCACUUGAAUCAAUUUGAUUCCCUAAUGAUACUUUCUUCCUGUCUGCCUGUUCUUUUCUUCUUUCCCCAUCGUUUCUGCUCCUCAUUUUCAAAUACAAUCAUGUGCACGUGUACAGUAUAAACAUAACAGGGACCCAGUCAUAAAAAAACACAUUUGAGAAAGGAGUGAGCAGGGAAAAGAGGAGACAGAUGGUAAAUAAAGAGCAGAAACUUUUAUUGCAUUUUAAGUCUGGAUUGAACUGGUCUUGAAAAUACAAUACAAAAAAGUGCUAGCAGCUCGUGCUAGCAGCUCGUGCUAGCAGCUCAUACUAGCAGCUCGUGCUAGCAGCUCUUACUAGCAGCUCGUGCUACCCGACAGCCGGAGUGACAGCUGCUUACAAAGAUUGAUAGCUGCCAGUGACAUGCCGAUACCAUAACAGUCUGAGGAGCAUCUUUUAUGCGUGGCAUCCGGAAGGGCAAGGCUUUUUGAAAGAGAGCGGUGAGGUGGUGAGGCCUCUCCAGUCAAGGUAGCCAUGCAGUGACGGCUAUAAUAGCCCAGGCUAACUUUAAGAGACACACUGUGGAUGAACAGGAAAGAACUUGCUGGCCUACAAGCCAUAAUAAAGCCACAAAAACGCUUCCCUCAGCACAAAGACGCACUCAAAAGAGGAUGUGCAAAUGCAAAGAUAGAAAUGUCUGGUCCACUAAUUUGUUUUUAUUAUGACCCCACUAUAUCAAACUUUAUCCACUCCAAUCUAAAGUUCUGAACAGUGCCGCGUUUUGCUUACCCGUGUCUUUUACCCUUGACUCUCUCUUUUUUCUGUCAUUACUUCCUUUGUACCUGGUCUUAAUUUGCCUUUUUGUGUCCUGCCUCCUCCCUCUUCUCUCUCUUUGUCCCUAAUUACUUUGCCUUCCAUCCAUUUCUCCCGUCCCUCCUUCGCUGUGUCUCUUUUUACUCGCCUCUCGUCCUUCGUCUCUACGUUCUCUUUCUCCCGCCUUUGUCCAACUUUCUCCCCGCUCUAACUUUCUCUCAACCCUCCCUCCCCUUUCUCCUGCCCUUCUUCUCCCUCCCCCUCUCCUCAGAGAGGUAAUGUAAGUGGUGGAGGUGACGCUAGGUGGAAGGGGCGCGGAGAGAUAUGGGGGGACGGGGAUGGGGGUGUUGAAGAAGCCAUUUUGCUCUGCCCCGUCCGCCCAGCGAGACGGAGAGAUAGUUAGGCUCAGUGUGGGGCUGUGGCUCGUAGCUAACACCCCCAGACCCCUGUGUGUGUGUGUGUGUGUGUGUGUGUGUGUGUGUGUGUGUGUGUGUGCGCUUUUUCACAUGUUAGACUGUCUCAGUUUUUGUGUGCUUUUUGUGAGACCCCAGCGAUUUGGGGUGAGCCAUCUAUACAACCGUGUGCAUUUCCUACAUUUUUUUGUCUGAGGCUACGUGUGCAUCCAUAUACCUACCGCGUGUGUAUAUCUCUUUGUAUGUGUGUAUCACGCACACGUGCCUGAUGACACAUGUGUCGCACGCCUGUUCCGAGGCGUCUGUGUCCUGGUGCGUAUUGAUUGGUAGUAGCAGCAGGUCGAUGUCCCUGACAGGCUGAAUUACAGUAAUCAGUCAUUAUUGACUCCCCAUCUCUCCGCUACACACACGUCUCUCGCUCUCUUCUGUCUCUCUUGUCCCGCAUCUCUGCCUAAACAUCCCUCUACAUCUUGUUGUGCUGUAAUUUUUUUUUCUGCCGCUGUCUUGUAUCACUCUGUCCCCCCUGCCGGGAUUUUCUCUGUCUCGCUCUCUAAUUCUGUCCCUGCGUUUCCUCUCUUGCCUCUCUUAAGUCCCUUAUCUCAGUGCAUCUCUGUUUCUCCUUCUAUCUCUGUCACGUCGCCUGUUUUUCCUCUUUCUCAGAUUUCUUGACUUCACCCAUGGUCAUCCUCUUGACUGCUAAAUCUCAUCGUCCCGAAACUACGAGAAACUCUGACAUCUUGACGUAAUCGCAAUCCUUAACAAUUUUGGUUCAACUCGACGGAUGUCGAGGACGACGCGUCUUUUAUCUCGGUCUCCUCGGAGACCAAAACCACGUGAAAGGUUUCCCAAAAGAAACACGUUUGAAUACAAGUACGGGGAGGCCUUGUUGGUAAAUUGAUACAUGGGACGUGUUGUGAGAAUGCACAAACUCUAAAUUCAGAGUGCUUUGUUAGUCUAGUGCCAAAUCCACUGAAUUUAAACGACAAUAAAGUGACACAGGCACGGGGGAGCAGCCUGAUGGAGAUAUGCGGACGUACCGCACACGAGGGUUUGAUGCCCUUGUGUGCCCCUCAAGUUCUGCAUCAAGCAGCGUUUGUGUGAUUGUGAGUGCUGCACUGUGACAUCGAGUCUCCUCACAGAGGGGCUGACGCACAGAGGCGAGUGUGGGGGGGGGGAAGAAGGCUGGCAGGGCUAAGUGUGUCAGUGGUUAACUGUCUUUUUUCUGUCUAUCUCUGUCUGUCUUCCCACCUCCCUCUCUCUGUCUCAUGGCCCUCGGGGCGGUCCAUCUGCCUUCUCUCUCUCCCUCUCUCUCUCUGAUCUUUCAUUCACCAUGACCACAGCCAUCCAGCAGCACACACACACACACACACACACACACACACACACACACACACGCACACACACUCGACACAGAGUGCCAGGCUGCUAGGGCAGCUGUGUGUAGGCACAGCUCUAUCUCACAUAUCAGCUCAUUGCAGCAAGAAAAGCAGUCCAAGACUCCCCGACAAACACAAACACACACACACACAUACAUACAGUCCUUCUCCAUAUAGGGCCUCACCAUGUAGUUAAACACAAUACACACCAGGUUUUAAAAGUGCUCGACCCUCUGAUGAGCAGCGGUAAAUCUUUGUUCCUCCUGUCGGCCCACCACAGUGGAAUCUGAACUCCUGAGGAGAAGAGAUGAACGUCAGGAGCAGACUGCUGAGCGGCGUAAUGGUGUCACCACUCCUUAAAAGGAUGGUUCUGUUUAGUUUUUUUUGAAGUGGGGUUGUUUGGGGUACUUAUCCGUACACUGUGUAUUACCUCCAGUGGAUGGCUAACGGCACGCCCUCCACAGUUUGGAGAAGCAGACGGGACUGCUGGCACAGAAGUAAUGCGAUGUACUGCUGUGGAAAUCAUAAGUAAAGGAAGUAUUGAGCCACGGCCUGAAGAAUUUAGAAUAUAGAAUCUUAAAGCACAGUUGAGAACAUAAUGGGCUAUUUAUAGGAAGUAAAUGAUAAUUAAUAUCAUUUAUUUUUCUAAAUUGGACCACAAUAAUUAGUUGAUUGGAGUUGGUCCUUAAUACUGCAGAGAAUACGUUUUUAUAUUCAUGUAAAUAAAAAUGAACUUACAAAGCUACUUUUCACCACCUUAAAGUUGAAUCGUAAUUUUCGUGAACACAAGCUCUGUGAGCAGAGCCUCCGUGGAUCAGUCGACCACUACGGCCAAGAUUCACCUGUAAAUCUCCUACAGCUGCUCUACCAUCUGAUAACUGUGUGUGUGUGUGUGUGUGCGUGUGUGUGUAAGUGUGUGUAAGAGCAAGCUGUGGCUGUCCUCCAUCUGCUCCUGGGUGAUUGUGGUUCUGGGGAACAAUGUUGGAGAGACUCUAAGCUGCUACACACAAACACACACGCUAGUUCCAGCAAGUAAGUGUGUGUGUGCUUGAAUUUUCAAAUGUAUAUCACUCCAUUUACUCUUGUGUAUUUCCCAGUGUUUAUGUUGCAUGUGUAUAUAUUUCACUCUCAGGAUUAGAGGUAUUGUUUGUUUGUGUGUGUGUGGGACAUCCCCUCUAGUAGUUGAUUGGCAGAGAUAGCUGCACUGAGGCUAGGGUCAGCAUAUGGCUCGGUGUGAUAGUGAUGCUGUGUGUGUGUCUUUUUUGCACGUUUGUGUCACUGCCUCUUUUUUUUUUUUUUUUUUUCAUACUCCGUUCCCGGUGAAAUGAUGGCAGCUCUGGGCAUGUAGCGCUAUUAUCCCCCAUAUCCACACUCACACUCACACACACACGCACUGAGCACAGCCAAACGCCCGCCGGCCUGCCUGGCUUCCCUUUGCCAGCUCCCACAAUGGAGCCCAUUGUCCCACUAAGGCUCCAAUCUGCUGUGUGUGACGAGGAGUGUGCGUGUUCCUCACCGCGGCAGAAAAGGUGAGGUCAAAACCUUACAAACUGAAGACAUUUUCUUAUCGCUGAUGCUGAAAUGGGGUCAUGUUAUCCAUAACCCCCCCCCAAGCGCCACAUCACAGAAAGCUGCAGUGCCGCCUUUUUGACAGAACUGUGCAAUUAACAAAUACGUCGGAUAAUAAUUACAGCUGCUGAUGCAGGUGCAUUGACAUCUUGCUGAUAUUUCAUGAAAAUAUAUAUAUUUCUUUAAGACAAAUUACAUAAAUGAAGAAAGAGAAAUUGUCUGCACAAUGCAUCUUUUUGAUGUGAGGGAUAAAGCUUCUGCAUACAGUAUGGAGGAAUAUAAAUGUAUUUUUACUUGUCCGUUCUUGAUUAAAAACAGAACGUUCCAUGAGCAGCCAUUAUGGCAAAUUGACAGCAAAUCGAAACCACACGCCAAGCGGUAUUUGAUGCUUUAAAAUACAAUUAGGAUUAGGUUAAGGGUCGGUGUAUUAUUGGGGGUAAGGAAAUGAAUGUGUGCAGAGGAGGGGAGAGAUUGUGGUUAAUUAUUUCCUGUCGGGCAGAUAGAGGAAAUGAAAAGAAAAGGGUGAGGAGGAGGAGGUCACAGCUAAUCGCUCCCACUUCUCCUUGGGGAGGUGUGUGUGUGUGUGUGUGUGUGUGGGUGUGGGUGCUUUGUUGUGUGUGUCCAAGAGAUACUUUCCGCAUCUCAGUUUGUUUCACAGGCACAUAUUAGCACUGUGAUGUUUGUCACUUUGUAAUCCGCAUAAUUUCAUAACACACCGGUUAGUCGGAUAUUAUGUGGAUUUCACUCACUCUGUUAUUUUUCAAGUAGAUCAACGGGAUCAUUUUUAAUCCUUGGGGGAAUUAAUUCCUAGAAUUCUGCUAAACAUUCACCUUCUCAGCUGACUUAGGGAAGUGAAUUUAAGCCCUUAAGACUCAUUAACAAGCUUAAGCGACUGCUGGCAGGAGUUUGUCUCACAGGAGCAAACGCUCAAACUCAGUGUAGCAGUAAACUCAACAUCCAUGUCUGUUUCAGGCACCACACACACACACACGCGCGAAUAGUCUGAGGCCUAAAUUAUCAGAGAGAAAGAGGCAAAUUGCUGGUUUGCGAGGAGUAAUACUCUAGAAAUUGGUGUGUGUGUGUGUGUGUGCGCACCUACGCUCCUAGUCACAGAGGGCUGUGCAGACACAUGAGUUGUAGCCAUCAGUGGCUUGACAACGCCUUGUUGGAGCAGACCCCCCUCUGACUGAUAAACAAGCUAAUCUGUAGUGUGUGUGUGUGCGUGUGUGAAUGUAAGUAUUUUUAUGUGACGAGGUGUUUAAGAUUCAGGGUGGGAUGUCACGGCCGACCAAGACAAUGACAGAGUAGACAGGAGAGCAAACUCUGUGCAAUGAGCUCCAACAGCCGUCUUAUAAUAUGGACGACGGUCUUUACAGACUAGCAGUAGCUAUGUGAAUACAUAAUUGAUGAUUGACCAAUCACUUUCAAAAAUUUGUUUUGGAGAGAAACAAGCUAAAAAUAGCCAAGUGUGGCUGUAUAUUGCAGCAGGUGUUUUCAGCGUGAACUAAAAGUGUUGAAACCUUUAUUCAUAUUACUGGGCAUG